AUGCAAAGCGCAAUUAAAUGCGUGCGUAUUUAACUAUAACAUAUGCCUGUUUAAGUAUUAUUCACUAUUCAUAGCGCAAAGAGUACAAGCGCUAGCUAAGGUCUUCUUCCUCGGUAUUACACUGAAAUUUGGUUAAAAUCCAGCGUGAAGCAGAGGCAAAAAGGGUGACAUAUUCACCGCCUUGGCACCAUUUCAUCUUGUACUGCAGUGAUUACUGCUCAACUUCUUCAUCACCAAACUUGGAAGUGUGUUGUUGAGUCCAAUGGUUAUGGUUGCUGAGAGUCAAACUGGAAACCCAGUCUGCUCCCCACUUCAGCACUUGCAAUUUUCCACUAUGGCAGCUGGGGAUGAUGCACCGAAGAGGAGCAUAAAGUUCAAAAUCACCUCAAAAGGAUUACGGCUUGGAUCAGAAAACAAGUCAUGUGAGAACACGACGAUGAUCAUGAAUAAUGAAAGCAGAGAUGGAGUUAUUGCGAAUGGCAAGUCUAUUACAGUCAAUUUUUCCACGUCAGGCAACUCUAGCAAGCGCAAGCAUGGAAUGAUUCUUGAGUGUCAAAGGGAGAAAAAGGCAAGGAUGGAUCGUAGUUUCAAGCAGCAAUGUAGGAGCAUUUUGAGAUCACUAAUGGAACACCCUCACGGAUUUGCUUUCAAUCAACCAGUUGAUCCUGUGAAGCUGAAGAUUCCUGAUUAUUUUUCAAUAGUCACUAAACCAAUGGAUUUGGGUACAAUAAAGCAAAAACUUGAGAGAGAUACAUACUUCAAUGCGGAGGAAUUUGCUAGUGACGUCAGGUUGACCUUUUCCAAUGCAAUGCUGUACAAUCCUCCAGGGAACUAUGUCCAUAACUCUGCGAAGGAGUUGAAUGGUGUUUUCAAUAGGAGAUGGAAAUUAAUAGAGACGAAAUUGAAGUGCACAGGCAGAACUCUUGAACAGUUAUGCAAUUUAGAUGAAAUGGAAAAGAAUGGCCCCACGCUAGUGAAAAUUGUUCAUAAAGAUGAUGGCAAUCUAAGUGCCUGUGCUGCUGCCAAUAGAAAACAACCACUUGAUUCCCCUGCAGUCAAAUGUGCUACAUGUGGUGGUCUGACGUGCCAAUGCAGCCUUAGAAGAUGUUCUAUCAAGCCAUCUUCUAGUGAAAGAUCAUCUGAUCGUGAUCACUAUGCUGAUUCUAAAUCUGAUUAUGCAAUUAAAUAUCCCAUGAUGUCUCAUACAAGAGAAUUAAAGCUGUAUUCAGAUGGGCACAAGAGUGUUUCCAAUGAAGACAAUCUUCAGCAAAGUGUCUCUUCGCCACCCACAACUGCUGCCAUUGAUGAAGGAUGGACUUCACUUGGUAAUAUGUCGCCAAACAAAGCUUUGCGUGCUGCCAUGCUAAAAAGCCGCUUUGCAGAUACUAUCUUUAGAGCUAAACAUCAAUCUCUCCUGGAUCACGACAAGAAGAUUAAUCCUGUGAAUCAGGAGAAAGAAAGGGAGAGACUUGAAAGGCUGCAGCAUGCAGAUAAGGCUAGGAUUGCAGCAGAAUUUAAAGCUGCUGAAGCAGCCUCACGAAUGAGGGCAGAGGCGGAGUUGAAGAUGCAGCGUGAGAGAGAAAGAGAAGCUGCCAGAAUUGCAGUAGAAAAGAUGGUAAAAACUGUUGACAUUGAAGAAAAUCGAGACAUUAUGGAGGACCUUGAACUUCAAGACAGCUGGAACAUGCAACUUGAUGCCAAUUUUCAGAUAUAUUGUGCAGCGAAUUUGGACUUAUAA